GCGCGGAGGCCGGGCAGGCCCGGGCCAUGCGCACCGCUCGCUGAGGCCGAGGGAGGCCGCGAUGGAGGUGCCGGCGGGGGAACCCCCAGCCCGGGGCUGCGGUCCCCCGCCCGUGCCCGCCCCGGAGAGGAAGAAGAGCCACCGCGCGCCGUCGCCGGCCCGGCCCAAGGACGUGGCCGGCUGGUCUCUGGCCAAGGGCCGCCGCGGCCCAGGCCCGGGCGCCGCAGCCUCCUGCAGCGCCGCGUCCUCCGUGCGGCCGGACAAGAAGGGGCGCGCGGUGGCGCCCGGGGCGCGGAGCGCGGGGACGCGGGUGGCCGGGGUCCGCACCGGGGUUCGUGCCAAGGGCCGCCCGCGCCCCGGCACCGGGCCGCGACCGCCGCCCCCACCGCCCAGCCUCACCGACAGCAGCUCUGAGGUGUCGGACUGCGCGUCGGAGGAGGCCCGCUUGCUGGGCCUGGAGCUGGCGCUGAGCAGCGACGCCGAGUCGGCGGCCGGGGGCCCGGCGGGGGCCCGCACGGGGCAGCCUCCCCAGCCCGCGCCGCCCGCACAGCAGCCCCCGAGGCCGCCCGCCUCCCCCGAUGAGCCGUCGGCGGCAGCGUCGUCGGUGGGUAGCAGCCGCCUGCCCCUCAGUGCCUCUCUCGCCUUCUCCGACCUCACCGAGGAGAUGCUGGACUGCGGGCCCGGCGGCUUCGUGCGAGAGCUGGAGGAGCUGCGCUCGGAGAACGACUAUCUCAAGGACGAGAUCGAGGAGCUCCGCGCCGAGAUGCUGGAGAUGCGGGACGUCUACAUGGAGGAGGACGUGUACCAGCUGCAGGAACUGCGACAGCAGCUGGACCAGGCCAGCAAGACCUGCCGGAUCCUGCAGUACCGGCUGCGCAAGGCGGAGCGCCGUAGUCUCCGGGCCGCACAGACUGGCCAGGUGGAUGGGGAGCUCAUCCGGGGCCUGGAGCAGGAUGUCAAGGUCUCUAAGGACAUCUCCGUGCGGCUGCAUAAGGAGCUGGAGGCGGUGGAGAAGAAACGGGCGCGGCUGGAGGAGGAGAACGAGGAUCUCCGGCAGCGGCUCAUCGAGACAGAGCUGGCCAAGCAGGUGCUGCAGACGGAGCUGGAACGGCCGAGAGAGCAUUCCUUGAAGAAAAGAGGAACUCGCUCCCUGGGGAAGACAGACAAGAAGCCUUCGGUGCAGGAGGACAGUGCAGACCUGAAGUGCCAGCUGCACUUUGCAAAGGAGGAGUCAGCCCUCAUGUGUAAGAAGCUCAGCAAACUCGCCAAGGAGAACGACAGCAUGAAGGAGGAGCUGCUCAAGUACCGCUCGCUCUUCGGGGACCUGGACGGCGCCCUGUCCGCCGAGGAGCUGGCUGACGCGCCCCACUCCCGGGAGACCGAGCUGAAGGUGCACCUGAAGCUGGUGGAGGAGGAAGCCAACCUGCUGAGCCGCCGCAUUGUGGAGCUGGAGGUGGAAAACCGAGGCCUGCGGGCAGAGAUGGACGACAUGAAGGAUCACGGCGGCUGCGGCAGCGGCGGCGAGGCCCGCCUGGCCCUCUCUGCGCUGGGCGGCGGCGAGUGCGGGGAGAGCCUGGCCGAGCUGCGGCGGCACCUGCAGUUCGUGGAGGAGGAGGCCGAGCUGCUGCGGCGCUCGUCGGCUGAGCUGGAGGACCAGAACAAGCUGCUGCUGACCGAGCUGGCCAAGUUCCGCGCGGAGCAUGAGCUGGACGUGACGCUGUCGGAGGACAGCUGCUCCGUGCUCAGCGAGCCCUCGCAAGAGGAGCUGGCGGCCGCCAAGCUGCAGAUCGGCGAGCUCAGCGGCAAGGUCAAGAAGCUACAGUACGAGAACCGGGUGCUACUCUCCAACCUCCAGCGCUGUGACCUCGCCUCCUGCCAGAGCACGCGGCCCAUGCUGGAGACGGACGCCGAGGCCGGGGACUCUGCCCAGUGUGUGCCCGCGGCUCUUGGCGACGCCCCCGGCCCCCAUGCUGCCCGGCUCUGCAGGGCCCGGGAGGCCGAGGCGCUGCCUGGGCUGAGGGAACAGGCCGCGCUGGUCAGCAAGGCCAUCGAUGUCCUGGUGGCCGAUGCCAACGGCUUCUCGGCUGGCCUCCGCCUCUGUCUGGACAACGAGUGUGCUGACUUUCGGCUGCACGAAGCCCCCGACAACAGCGAGGGUCCCAGGGACGCCAAGCUCAUCCACGCCAUCCUGGUGAGGCUGAGUCUGCUGCAGCAGGAGCUCAAUGCCUUCACGCGGAAGGCGGAUGCCGCCCUGGGGGGCUCUCCCAAGGAGCAGCCAGAGCCCUUCUCGUCGCUGCCUGCCUUGGGCUCCCAGGGGCCCUCCAAGGAGAUGCUUUUGGCCAAAGACCUUGGCUCUGACUUCCAGCCGCCUGACUUCAGGGAUCUGCCAGAAUGGGAACCCAGGAUACGAGAGCCCUUCCGCAGUGGUGACUUGGACUCCAAGCCCGACCCCAGCCGGAACUUCAGGCCUUACCGAGCUGAAGACAAUGAUUCCUACGCCUCUGAGAUCAAGGAACUACAGCUGGUACUGGCUGAGGCCCAUGACAGCCUCCGGGGCCUGCAGGAGCAGCUGUCCCAGGAGCGGCAGCUUCGGAAGGAGGAAGCCGACAACUUCAACCAGAAAAUGGUCCAGCUGAAGGAGGACCAGCAGAGGGCGCUCCUGAGGCGGGAGUUUGAGCUGCAGAGUUUGAGCCUCCAGCGGAGGCUGGAGCAGAAAUUCUGGAGCCAGGAGAAGAACAUGCUGGUGCAGGAGUCCCAGCAGUUCAAGCACAACUUCCUGCUGCUCUUCAUGAAACUCAGGUGGUUCCUCAAGCGUUGGCGGCAGGGCAAGAUUUUGCCCAGCGAGGGGGAUGACUUCCUUGAGGUAAAUAGCAUGAAGGAGCUAUACCUGCUAAUGGAGGAAGAGGAAUUAAACGCCCAGCAUUCUGAUAACAAGACCUGCGCAGGGGACAGCUGGACCCAAAACACGCCCAAUGAGUAUAUCAAGACACUGGCCGACAUGAAGGUGACACUGAAGGAACUGUGCUGGCUGCUGCGGGAUGAACGCCGUGGUCUGACUGAGCUCCAGCAGCAGUUUGCCAAGGCCAAGGCCACCUGGGAGACAGAGCGGGCAGAGUUGAAGAGCCAUACUGCUCAGAUGGAGCUGAAGGCUGGCAAGGGGGCUGGGGAGCGGCCGGGGCCGGACUGGAAGGCCGCCCUCCAGAGGGAGCGUGAGGAGCAGCAGCACCUGCUGGCUGAGUCCUACAGCGCCGUCAUGGAGCUGACGCGGCAGCUGCAGAUCAGCGAGCGCAACUGGAGCCAGGAGAAGCUGCAGCUGGUGGAGCGGCUGCAGGGUGAGAAGCAGCAGGUGGAGCAGCAGGUCAAGGAGCUGCAGAACCGCCUGAGCCAGCUGCAGAAGGCCGCUGAACCCUGGAUCCUGAAGCACUCAGACUUGGAGAAGCAGGACAACAGCUGGAAAGAGACACAGAGCGAGAAGAUUCUGGACAAGGAGGCAGUUUCUGAAGCUGAUCUUGGGGGUACCGCCUUAAAAAGGACCAAAUCUGUUUCCUCCAUGUCUGAAUUUGAAAGUUUGCUUGACUGUUCCCCCUACCUUGCCGGGGACGCGGCCCGGGGUAAGAAGCUGCCCAACAACCCCGCCUUUGCCUUUGUGGGCCCCCAGCCAAUGGACCCGGAGAAGGAGGGCCAGGAGCAGCCAGGGCUCUCGCCACGGGACUGCAACCGCCUGGGCCCCCUGGGCUGCCAGGAGCCCGCGGGGAGGCAGAUGCAGCGCAGCUACACGGCUCCCGACAAGACGGGCAUUCGCGUGUACUACAGCCCCCCAGUGGCCCGGCGCCUGGGCGUCCCCGUGGUCCACGACAGGGAGGGCAAGAUCAUCAUCGAGCCUGGCUUCCUUUUCACCACUGCCAAGCCCAAAGAGUCAGCUGAGGCCGACGGGCUGGCCGGGAGCUCCUACAGCCGCUGGCUCUGCAAUUUCUCCCGACAAUGCUUGGACGCGGGCUCGGGGGGCAGUCCUGCGGCGCCGGGCCCCAGCUUCCCAGCCGCCCUGCAUGACUUUGAGAUGUCUGGCAACAUGAGCGACGACAUGAAGGAGAUCACCAACUGUGUGCGCCAGGCCAUGCGCUCGGGCUCCCUGGAGAGGAAGGUCAAGAGCACGUCCAGCCAGACGGUGGGCCUGGCCAGCGUGGGCACGCAGACCAUCCGCACAGUCAGCGUGGGCCUGCAGACCGACCCCCCCCGCAGCAGUCUCCACGGCAAGAGCUGGUCACCCCGCAGCUCCUCACUAGUGUCUGUGCGCAGCAAGCAGAUCUCCUCCUCCCUGGACAAGGUGCACUCGCGCAUCGAGCGGCCGUGCUGCUCCCCCAAGUAUGGCUCACCGAAGCUCCAGAGGCGCUCCGUGUCCAAGCUGGACAGCGCCAAGGACCGCAGCCUCUGGAACCUGCACCAGGGCAAGCAGAAUGGCUCGGCCUGGGCCCGCUCCACCACCACGCGGGAUAGCCCCGUGUUGAGGAAUAUCAACGAUGGGCUGUCCAGCCUCUUCAGUGUGGUGGAGCACUCGGGAAGCACAGAGUCUGUCUGGAAACUGGGCAUGUCUGAAGCCCGGGCCAAGCCUGAACCUCCAAAGUACGGCAUCGUGCAGGAGUUCUUCCGCAACGUGUGUGGCCGGGCCCCAAGCCCCACGUCUGCAUCCGGGGAGGAGAGCACCAAGAAGCCGGAGCCCCUCUCCCCAGCCAGCUACCAUCAGGCGGAGGGCAUGGCCAGGAUCCUGAACAAGAAGACAGCCAAGUCGGGCGGCAGUGAGGAGGCCAGACUCUCAGUGCUCCCCCAGGUGGGGAAAGAUGGUGUCCCCCGGGAAGGAGAUGGAGCCACAGCCCUUCCCAAUGAGGAUGCUGUCUGUGACUGUAGCACCCAGUCUCUCACCUCCUGCUUCGCCCGGCCGUCCCGCUCUGCCCUCCGCCACUCUCCUUCCAAGUGCCGGCUGCACCCUUCGGAGUCCAGCUGGGGUGGGGAAGAGAGGGCAGCUCCCCCCAGCGAGUGACAGAGCAGCCGGGCUCCCCACCUCAACCCGCCCAGUCCCCGGAUCGCUGAAGGGAACCAGCAGAGAGGAGGCGAGGCGGGGGGCCCAUGCCCUCGGCAUCGUCUCACCUUGGAGGUUCAGCCGCUACACCACUGCCAGAGAACAGCUUUCCCAUCCAGGUAAAGCGGGGUCUCCUGCUGACUGCUGGGUGGUGAUCUCUGACUUCCAGGGGAAGGCAGCAAGUGGGAGAAAGACCACAACUAGGCUGCAGAGGUGGCUCCAGAGCAAUCCCUUGGGAGCCAGUCCGUUGGGAGAGCCUCGCCUGGUUCUGCCCACACCCACUUCUCAGAAGAGCCAAGGAAAGGAUACACUUCUGGUUGUGCUCCUCAGGGAAAAGGGCUCACAGAGAUGUUCCUUGCCAACCAUGGCCUCCUUCAUGGGCAGGAAACACCAUGACAAGAACGGGCUCUGCCAUAGGAUUCAACGUGGGGUUCCUGGUGGAACUGAGCUGGGCAUCCUCCCCGUCCCUUCCUUCCCUCCACGGCUUCCUCCUCCCAGCCCUGCUGCUCUGGAUUGCUGUGGCUCUAGGGGGUAUGAUAGGGCCAGUAGCCAGGGCCAGUAUCGGCCUGGAAUCCUGGGGCGCUGGAUCUCCCUGCCCGUAGCCUGGAUGCAGCAAGGACUGGAAGAUGAGGUGGAAACGUGUGGGGCUCAGGGUUGGGUCACUGGAACUGCCUCCCUCGUCAAGGUGACCGGGUUGGGGGCGGGAUGGCGGGCACCAACCUUCCCAGGACAGAAAUAGGUAGAGUCAGUUUCAAGAUCUGGUGCACAGAUAAAUUGCCUAAAUGCCCACUGCCUUGAUUGCUGGGGCCUCUUUCCCCAGCACCCUGGAGGGGGCGCCACAUCUCCACUGUGUUUACAUCCUGUGGCUGGUAGAAGGCAAAGCUGUUCUCAAUGAAAGACUCCCAAUUGGCCACACCAGGCCAAGGAGCACCCCCAGAGGCCAGUGCCUCCAGGACACGGCAGUGGACGGGGCCUGGAAACACAUUUCUUGCCUCGGUUGUUUAUUUGAAUUUUUCUUACUAUAAAUAUUUAAGGUGGUUUUAGUUUAUUUUAAUAAUUUAAUUUCCCCCGAAGUCCCUAAGGUAAUUUAUUGGAGGUUGAGACAUGUAUUCUUGCCACUAGGACAACAUGAGGCUUCUAACAUGAUGGCCAGGCAUGGGGUCCCCCGUACAGACAAGGCAGCUCGGCUGCUGAGCUCGAGUCUCCUGGUCAAGUAUAGAGGGCCCCCAGUAGGGCUGGAGCCCUGCAGCUUGCUCCCCAAUUCUGCUGACCAUCUGGCCUCAGAGCACUGCUUUUCACUCACUGCCUGGUACUUGGCCAGCCCCCAGCAGCAGCAGUCAGUCUGCAAACCCUUGCUGACAGGGUGGGGGGCUGGGCCAAUGUCCCCACUUCCCAAACAUUCUCCAUCUGCCCUCUCAUUUUGCUCCCUCCCUCU